AUGGAAAAACAAGCAUUUGUGAAUGUGCAAGCAAAUUCACUCGAAUUUCUUGCUAAAUAUUUGGAGGAAAACAGACAAACUCCAAUGGAUCAUGUAAUUAUUAAUAAUGAAUUAUAUUCAAUUAUAGCAUCGGGAGGAAAUAGAGGGUGCACCAUUUACAAAACAACUAAUUUUGAAAGCAGCACCAAAUGGCAAUCCACCUUGAUCGGAGAAUUUGAAUUAAUUAAAGAGAAUCAAUCUGAUGAUGAUUUAUCCCAAAUGUAUUGCCUCUCUAUUGAUAGGAAUAUUUAUAUAAUUACCAUCUCUAAUAAUUCAAUGAGUCGUAUUCAUCGAAUUUCUAUUCAAAAGUCUGAUGAAGAGGAAAAUUAUGUGGAAACCUUGUUUGAGGAUAGUGGUGGUGAUUUUAUUGGAAUUGAUCCAGGGCUGAUUGCAGAUUCAAAGAGGAAUUGUUUAUAUUUCAUGUUUGGAUUGACUGUGGCUGAUUCGGCCAAGAAGAAUAUUACCAGAUUUGAUAUUAAUACUGGAUCUUUUUCUGUUAUUGGUGAAUUGGAUAGGGAAUUCUACUGUUUAUCCUCAACAUUUUGGAAAGAUAGAUAUAUAAUCUUAGUUGGAGGUCUAACAAAUUUGACACCUUCAUCAGAUAUUUUGGCUUUUGAUGUUGAACAAGGAAUUUGGAAGCAAAUCUAUAGAGCUAAAUCAAUGCCAGUAAUUUAUCCACGAUACAUGUCAGGAAUUACAAUGGUUUCCAAUAAUUAUGCAUCUCAAUUUCAUCCUGAAAUUCCAAAAGAUUCCAAUACUGAUACGAUAUUUAUUUAUGGUGGAUUUUUGGAUUAUGAAGUGGAAGUUAGUGACCAUUCAAGAUUUUUCAUUAGUAGACCCUCUCACGAAGUCAUUCUCCACUAUUUGAAAGAAAGUGAAUGGAUCGAUAAUAUGGAAUCUGAUUGUGAGAAGAGAAUCCCAAUCAGUUUGACUGAUAUUUGUACACCAGAAGAUAGAAAACUUGAGAAACUACACAUAAGAAGAAUAAAAAGUGGCAUAGAGGAUGACGAUGCAGAAGACAGCAAUGAAUUCAAGAUUUUACCCACUUGCACAUUUUCCACAAUACUCCCUCUGAAAAUUAGAGGAAGGCAGGAAUUAUUAAUUUUCAGAAAUACUGAACAAGUCUUAAAAAUUCAAUUAUUCCACAAUAAUCCAUUCCACAGAGAGUCGAUGAAUAAGAACCCAGAUGUCUCAAUUCUUUUUUCAGAAUGA